UCAUGCGCGUGCUUGAGGCAUGUUUCACCGUUUGAAACAUGCUACUUCCGUCGAUGAAUUAAAAAAAGUGGAUUGGAGUUGGCCGUGCGUUGUGUGGAGGAGACGUGAAAACGAGUAAAAGUGCAUAAAAUAAUUGCUCAGGGCAGUCAAUUUGUGGUGUAGAAGAAGUGUUUUGGAAGCUGUUGGGCCGCGCAGGAGAGUUCGUUGAAGAAAAGAAGAAGGAUGUCGUCGACCACGUGUUACAAAUGUAAUCGCCCUGGACACUUUGCUCGUGAGUGCACAGCCGGCGUGGGGGGCCCCCGUGACAAGAUGGGUGGCAGCAACUACGGCCGAAACCGUGAGAAGUGCUACAAAUGCAAUCAGACCGGUCACUUUGCCAGGGAGUGCAAGGAGGAAGCUGAUAGAUGUUACCGGUGCAAUGGCACCGGGCAUAUUGCUCGCGAAUGCAGCCAGUCUGCUGAUGAUCCUUCUUGCUACAAUUGCAACAAAACUGGGCAUUUGGCCCGUCACUGUCCGGAGCAGAUUGACAACCGUCAAUCCAUGUCUUGUUACAAUUGCAACAAGAGCGGACACAUUUCUCGUCAUUGCCCCGAGGGCGGCAAGUCUUGCUACAUCUGCGGCAAACUAGGCCAUAUUAGUCGCGAAUGUGAUCAAAAUGGUGGUAGAAAUUGAGAAGAUGACAUGUCGUCAUUAUAAAAAUCUUCCUUCUCGUUGCUUGCAUAAGUUUCUUGCAAUUUUGCCCGAGGAGGAAUUGAUAAGAUGAAGAAGAAAAAAUUAAAAAAGAUUUAAAAAAAAAAAACAAAAAGAGUUUGAACCACUCUUUAACGUCUUUUUUUGCGUCGUUUGUUCUCCACCUGUUUGAGAAACAAUCGCCUUUCAUUAUAAUAAACAAACAAAAAAAAAAUGAAGAAAAAAAUACUAAAUAUUGAUAACAAAAAAAAAUGAAGAAAAAGGUAUAAAAAAAUAAUUAUAUGGAAAUAUAAGAAACACAUAAAAACAUUUUUUUGAAGGAAAAUACGUUGUUUUGUUUUCUUUUUUUUUGGAAUUAAGUGUAGAGCUAUAGGGGAUCUCAGAAGAAAUUUUUUUUUGUUGAAGAAGAAAGUACAUAGAGUAGAAAUGAUGGUAAAUACAUACUUGAGGAAAAUUAUAAUUAAAAAAAGUAACGAGAAAGAAUAUAGAGAGAUUUUGAUGCUAUUGUAAUUGAGAAAACGGGAAAAGAAAGAAAAAAAUGGUGAAAAACACUCCUUUUUAAUUUAUUUGUACAUUUUGUACGUAUAAUGAAUGGGGUGUGUAUAUAAAAGGUAAAUUAAUUAGCAUCAAAAUUGUCAUGGUUUUUAUUAAUAUUUAAAAAUUUUAAUUUGAUGAAUUUUUAUGAAAUAGCGGAGCCACACAUUGAGAAGAAAAAAAAUAGUAAUUUUAAUGGAGAAAGUUAGAAUGAAGGGGAUGGAAAUAGAAGGGGGAGUCAAAAGUAAGAAGAAAUGAAAAAAAAAAUAAAAGAGAUUUAAUAACGAAAAGGUGCUUCACCGCCGUCGUCUUGAUAAAGAAGAAAAAAAAGAAUAAACACAUUAGAAGAAGAAGAAAGAAAUACAAACGAGAAGUAAAACUGAUUUAUUAGACAUUUUUUAGGAAAGCGAAUGAAAAAGGAUUUCAACUUAAUAGAAACAAAAAAUAAUAGAGAUCGAUGAAGGGUUAGAAUAUUGUAGAAUUUCGAAGAAAUGAAUGCUUUUUUUUACUACCACUCUGAAGGCAGAAUCUUCAGUUCUUUUUUUUUUUACUAUAAUUAUUAUUUUUUUGUCAUUUUUUUCUACAAAUAAUUAGUAAUUUACUUGUGUACUAGAAAUUGAUGAGAAGGAAUUUAAUUAAAAAAGGAAAAACAAAACAAAAACAAAAAAUAAUAAUACGAAAUGAAGAAACGGAGGCCAUUCACACUUGAUCUCAAUAAAAGUUCAAUGACUUUUCUUUUUUGGCUUGUUUUUUUUAAUUUUUAUUAAUUAGUGUACCUCCUACCCUUAAUUGGUGCCAGAAAAAUGAUUAAUUUAGCGAUUAAAAUAUUUUUUUUUAAAUUGUAAAUUCCAAAAAUAUUUAUUAAAAAAAAUACGACAGGAUAAAAAUUAAAUUCCAAAAGUGAGAUAAGGGGUUGAGGUCAAGUGUGAAUUGCCUUGUUGUACUUAUAACCGCAAGUAGAAGAGUGAGAGUGUUUAAAAAAAUGAUUUAAUUCAUUUUUUUCUCAUCUCUCUCAGAUAUAAAGACUUUGGAGAAACAUUUAAUUUUGCGAUUUUUUAAAAGUGUAAAAGCAGACGAAGAAAUGGGGGGAGAAGAUAUUAAAAAUAAAAAAAAAACAACUUUAGGCUGAUGACAAGGGGAGGAAUGAAGGAUUAUAUAAGGAGGUUAUACAUUAGAGGAGCAUUUUUGCAUUUCAUUUUCAAGAAUAAUUCAUCUUGAGAUCUUUUUUUUUUGGUUUUUUUUAGUAAAACAAAUUCGUGUCAAGAUUGAUAAGAUAACAAACAAACUAUAUUGGAAACUCCACAGACUUUUUUUUUGAACCAUAAAUAAAUUAACAAAAUGAAGAAGAAAUCUUUCAAUGAAAAGCCCAAUUUUUCAUUUACAAAAUUGUGAUUUUUUUUGUGUUGAGACAGAGAAAACAGAAUAAAAGAAAAAUCAGAGAAAAAAAAAUUACAUUACACAUAAUUCCUAUAAAAGCAAGAAAAAUGUAUUAUAAAUAUUUGUGGAAGAAUAAUAAAGAUAUCUCGGUUCACAGAAA